GUAAAAAUGCCCAAGAAAAGUUCAAAGCCCAUCAAGCGAGCUAGACUGGAGCCUACAAAGAAGUCUAAUGAAGAGAUUAGCUGGCAAAAAGUCAAGAUUGAUGAUAAGGAAGAAGAUAGCGAUGAUGAUACUAUUACACCUGAAGAGCUUACUAAUGGCUUAUUGGGUCAGAUUCAUCAAGCUCCUAAGGAAGAGAGAAAGCAAGACUCUGAUAGAAAUUUGAAAACUCCAAGAAGGAAGGAAGCAAAGGCAGUAGCUAAGUCAAAGAGAAAACAAUCAGUAAGACAAAGGAAAGCUACUGAAGCUAGAGAAAAGAAUAAACCAGAAUAUGAAAGAUACAAGAAAUUGUUAAUAGAAGAGUUGAAAUUAGGUAUUGACGAGUUCAGGACCGAAGCUUCACAAGAGCUCCCUUGGCACGAAGCAUGAGAGAACUUCUUUGAGUUGAUUAAAAUUCUUUCACAGAGACGAAACAUCAGUACCUGAUAUGUAAUAAACCCAUUCCUGAAGCUUUGCUCGCACAUAAUUAUCAGUAUGAAUUAUGAGCUAGACAUAGUUCAGAAGAAAUGAAUUGAAUAUCUGAGAGUCCUUCACCAAAACUUAAUGAAAUAGCCAGAAAUCAAACAACAAGGAAAACCAUCCUCCUUCUUUGAACCAAAUUUCCAAUGCCCAACUGAAUUAUGAAGAUAUCCUAGCAAGGCUCUCUGAAAGUAACAUAAUAGAGAUUUGAGUAGACAGAAACUACUACUGUAUUACUGAAAACAAGCUUGUUGGGUGUGGGUUCACCCAGGAAGAAAUGAAGUGCUUCACUAAGUCUAGAUAUUACCAAAAUGAAAUCACUUGCACCACCGAUAGUCACACAGAGUUAGAAAAUGUAAAGCUUAAGCAGAGGGUCAAUUUUAAGUAACAUCUGUGAGAUUUUAGCCAGGAUGAUAUCAAUCCUCAACUCUGGUAAGAAAGUCCCACCUGGAGACAAGAAGAAAUAUAUUGAAGAGAAUCGAGAGAAGAUUGACCUUGAGAACAAAAUAAUCUCACUGAAAAAUAGUGGAAAAUCAUCAGGAAUAUUCAGUACCAAGUCUAUCAUCGAAUGGAGUGAUAAGUCUAAGUUUAUGAAUGAUGUCGAAACAUUCAAGAAAGUAGCGAUUGAUUAUGACCUUGCCCCACUGAAGACAGAAGAUAUCUUCAACUUUGUCCAACUGAAGAAGCUAUGAGAAGCAGAGAGGUUGAAGGAACUUGAAGAUCUCAAAAAUUCUGGCUCAAUGAAGAAAUAUCUAGGUCCGAGCAAGAAACAUAAAAAUUUCUAAAGCUACAGUUGCUGAGAAGGAGCAAGCACUGUACUGUAACUAUAUCAGGAGCUCACUUAUGAAAAACCGUAAGGUUUUUCUUAGAGAAUUACAGAAGCUCAGAAAAUUUCAGUGAAAACCACCCAGGAAAGAAAGAAAUCAGUUCCAUAUUUUACUUGAAGGUGUGAGAAAGACAGGCAAGGAUUAUUCAAGAAAUCCGAUGAAAAUUGGCUACCCUAGGAAUCCUUUUAAGAAGUUGGCGGGGAUUAAUUAUGAUUAUGAAAAUAGGUGAGUUUAGAAGCUUGACUUUGUAGUGAUUAUGAAGAUGAUGAUGACAAUUCUCAAGCAGACUCAGACUAUGAUUCUGACCACAGCACCCAAGUCGAUUAUUAUAAUAAGAAGGUUCGUGUUCCAAGAGUUCCAAUAGUGAAUAGGAGCCAUACUGAAGAUACUAAGAUUGUAUUUCUAAGACCACAGAUAGCUCCAUUUCAGAUGAUAAAGUCAAAAUCAAAGGCAAAUUCUAAGAAAGAGAGUGAGAAUCCAAACGCUCCUAAAAUUUCAAAGGGUUCCAAGAUUUCCAGCUUUUUAAAGACACUCGAGAAGAAGUUGUCUCAAGCUCAAAUGCUUCCUAUAAAAGAAAGAUCUAACCUCGAAAUUGCAGUAGAGGCAGAAUGCAGACAAAAAGGUCAAAGGUCUAAGAAGCAGAUAGCAUCCACAUUCCUCGGAUUAGCUGAGAAGGCUCAAAGAAGUGCAAGAACUCCUAUGAGGUGUAAGCCAUCCUAAAGGAUCAUCUUAACUUUGGACGUACAAAAGCAGGUUGCCAAAGAUGUCCAAUAAAUUAAUCAUUUUCAAUAGUUUCAGCCCCCAUUGGGGUUUUGGGGUUUUGG